GUCCUCCAUUGCCUGCUACCACCAUCCAUACUACCAUGUGGUUAGAGUCACACUGGAAGAAUAUCCGCCAAACCUUGCUGCUUCUUUUCACUGCUGCUCUUCUCACUGGAGUCACCAUGCUAGCCAUUUCAUCUAAUAUCAAUCCAGUAGGCUAUUUCUUCCUAGGUGUAGGAGGAGUGUGUCUGAUCGGCUAUUUGUUCAGUGUGUUUAUUGAGUGCUACCUGAAGCAUCAGCGCGUACAUGAUACAAAUGAAAGAUCUCCUAAUGGACAGAGCCAAGCAGGGGUGAAUGCUGCCUAUGAAGCACCUACCUAUGAGGAGGUGAUGACUACAUCAGCUCCAGCAAUAUGGACAAUUGCAUCCAACCCAGGCACAGUACCCUCACCACUGAAUGAGCCUCCACCUUACAAUGUUGCUAUUGAAUCACCUGCCCAAGAAGAGACUGUGGUAGAGACUCUCAGGGUCUCAGCACUAUCAAGCACAUGGUGUACUUCUGAGACAGACAGAGGCUCCAGGAUGUAUUUUCAGCUGGUGCAGCCCCCGAGGUUGCAGCGGUUUGUUUCAGACAUCCAUGAAGUGAAAGGUAUUGAAGACAGGUUUGAGCCACUGGAGCCACUCACUCCACCACCUGCUUAUGAAAAUGCCAUCAGUGAUGAGAUCUUUGAAAAUGCUUUCCAGCCUUCAAUAUUAUGA